AUGGCCUUCCUCGGGAGUGCGGUUCGGCGAUUGGUAUGGGGAGUGCGCCCCCAGCUCUCCACACCUAUGUGCCAAACAAGUUGUCGGACCUACAGCUCAGAGCCCACCAAAGAGAAGAGUGUUCCCUAUGAGAAGACACUGAGACAGGAUGAAACGGCCACAUCUGGGCCAACUAAACCUUUACCCAGGUCAGCAGAUGUGGUGGUGAUUGGAGGGGGCAGUCUGGGCUGUCAGACCAUCUACCACCUGGCUAAAAUGGGCAUGACAAACGUGGUUCUGCUGGAGAGAGACCGACUGACUGCUGGAACCACGUGGCACACUGCAGGCCUCCUGUGGCAGCUCCGCCCAAGUGAUGUUGAGGUGGAGCUCCUGGCCCACACACGGAAUGUGAUCAGUAAAGACCUUGAGGAAGAAACAGGCCUCCACACUGGCUGGAUCCAGAACGGAGGACUCUUCAUUGCCUCCAACAAGCAGCGGCUGGACGAAUACAAACGCCUCAUGUCGCUGGGUAAAGUGUAUGGUAUAGAGUCCCAUGUGCUGUCACCUGCUGAGACAAAGGACCUUUAUCCUCUAAUGAAUGUUGACGACCUUUAUGGAACACUUUACGUGCCCAAAGAUGGCACUAUGGACCCUGCGGGCACGUGCACUACCCUGAGCAGAGCUGCUUCUGCAAGGGGAGCAACGGUGAUUGAGAACUGCCCUGUGACCGGUAUCAAAGUUCAAGCGGAUGACUUGGGAGUGAAGAGGGUGAAGGCAGUGCAGACCCCACACGGCACCAUCGAGACACCAUGUGUGGUGAAUUGUGCAGGAGUGUGGGCCACAAAAUUGGGGCAAAUGGCUGGCGUAAAAGUGCCCCUCAUUGCCAUGCAUCACGCCUACGUUGUAACAGAAAGGAUCGAAGGCAUUCAGAAUAUGCCAAAUGUAAGGGACCAUGAUGCAUCAGUGUACCUACGUCUCCAAGGGGAUGCCCUGUCCGUGGGUGGUUAUGAACAAAAUCCUAUCUUUUGGGAUGAGGUAUCCGAUAAGUUUGCCUUCAGCCUGUUCGACUUGGACUGGGAUGUAUUUAUGCAACAUAUUGAGGGUGCCAUUAACCGAGUUCCUGUCCUAGAACAGACUGGUAUUAAAUCUACUGUCUGUGGACCAGAAUCCUUCACAGCAGACCAUAAGCCGCUAAUGGGAGAAGCUCCAGAGGUCAGAGGUUUCUUUUUGGGCUGUGGCUUUAACAGUGCAGGCAUGAUGCUGGGAGGUGGCUGUGGUCGAGAGCUAGCUCAUUGGAUUAUCCACGGCCGCCCUGAGAAGGACAUGUAUGGCUAUGACAUCAGGCGUUUCCAUAACUCACUGACAGACAACCAACGCUGGAUCAGAGAGCGGAGCCAUGAGUCUUAUGCCAAGAACUACUCUGUAGUGUUCCCGUUUGAUGAGCCGCUAGCGAGCAGAAACAUGAGGAAGGAUCCCUUCCACCAGGUGCUGACAGAGCGAGGCUGCGUGUUCCAGGAGAGACACGGCUGGGAGAGACCAGGCUGGUUCACCAAGGACGGACAAGCUCCUGUAAAAGACUAUGACUACUAUGGUGCCUAUGACAUCAAGAAGAAUCACGAGUACAAAUACAAUGAGUUGCUGGGCAAAGAGUACACAUUUGACUUCCCACCGCAUCAUGAUGUGAUAAAGAGUGAGUGCCUGUCAUGCAGGCACGGUGUUGCCGUGUUUGACAUGUCCUACUUUGGAAAAUUCUAUCUCACCGGUCCAGAUGCCAAGAAAGCGGCCGAUUGGUUGUUCACUGCCGAUGUCAACAAAAAGCCAGGUUCCACUGUGUAUACCUGCAUGCUAAAUACCAGAGGAGGGACAGAAGCUGACCUGACAGUGAGCAGACUGGAGUCCGGAGCUGCCAACCUCCCGCUGGCGCCCGAGUCCAACGGUGAUGCGUACUACCUGGCCAUCGGAGGUGGUGUUGCCGAGCACAACUGGAAUCACAUUCGAACGGUUCUCCAGGAUCAAGGGUUCCGCUGCCACUUAACAGACCACUCCGAGGACAUGGGCAUGAUCAGCAUCCAGGGACCUAAGAGUCGGGAGGUGCUACAAGAGGUUUUGGACACAGACCUCAGCAACGAAGCGUUCCCUUUUUCCACGCACAAAGUCGUCAACGCGGUGGGCCAUCAGGUGCGAGCGAUGCGUCUUUCCUUUGUCGGAGAGCUGGGCUGGGAGCUGCAUAUUCCCAAAGAGUCGUGCAUUCCCGUCUACCACGCCGUCAUGGCUGCCGGCGCCAAGCAUGGUAUCAUCAAUUCAGGCUACAGGGCCAUUGACUCACUCAGUAUAGAGAAAGGGUACCGCCACUGGCAUGCCGACCUUCGCCCUGAUGACACGCCUCUGGAGGCGGGGCUAGCUUUCACCUGCAAGCUGAAGAGUGCCAUCCCCUUCCAGGGUCGACAUCGGCUGGAGAAGCAGAAGGAGGAGGGCCUGAGGAGACGCAUUGUCUCCUUCACCAUCGACGAGAAAGUACCCAUGUUUGGCCUGGAGGCAAUCUUCCGUAAUGGCGUCCCUGUUGGCCACCUGCGGCGCUCUGACUACGGCUUCUAUGUCGACAAGACAAUUGGUUAUGGAUACAUUCGCGAUCCCGAUGGAGGAGUGGUGAGUGCCGAUUUCAUUAAAAAUGGCGAGUUCACCCUGGAGAGGAUGGGAGUCACGUACAAGGCCAAGGCCCAUCUCAGAUCUCCAUUUGACCCCGAGAACAAGCGUGUGAAGGGCAUCUAUGACUGA